ACGGAAAAUGCCAUAAACUCACAAGAAAAUGCAAAUAGGGGAGGAUGCAAGAAAAAUGAGAGUAUAAACACAAGAAAUCCCCAAGCCGCUCCCAGUCUCUGCCUUCCUCCUCAACGACGACUCCCUUCCUCCGUCCCAUCCGACGAUCUCUUGCCUCUCGUCUUCGUCAUUCCUAAAUCUCCCCCUCUCUUCAAACCCUAAUUCGUGCGAUAAUGUCCAAACCUUUCUUUAAUCCCUCACCACGUCUUUCUUCAUCUCUUCCCAGCGCUUCUUGAAUCGCUUAACCCCUCCGAUCCCGCCGUCCCGGCGGCCAUGUCCAAACCCUACCUGAAGCGUUCACCACCUCUUAUGGAGUUGUUUUCUUGAUCUCUUCCAAGACCUUCUUAAUGGCGUUCCUUUCUUGAUCCCCUCGAAACCCUUCUAAGAUCGCUUACCUUUUCGGAAACCUCCGUGCGAUGAUCGGUGCCUCGUCUUCCGCCCCCCUCGCGCCGGGCUUCCGCUUCCACCCCACCGAUGAGGAGCUCGUCGGAUACUACCUCCGGCGCAAGAUCUGCGGCCGGCCCCUCCGCGUCGAUGCCAUCGCCGAGGUCGACCUCUACAAGUGCGAGCCGUGGGACCUCCCGGGCCGCUCUCGGAUUCGGAGCCGCGACCUCGAAUGGUACUUCUUUAGCGCCCUGGAUCGCAAGUACACCAACCGGUCGCGGACCAACCGCGCCACGGGCCACGGCUUCUGGAAGAUGACCGGGAAGGACCGGCCCGUCCGCCACCGCGCUCGUGUCGUCGGCAUGAAGAAGACCCUCGUCUUCCACGCCGGCCGUGCGCCACAUGGUUCCAGGACGAACUGGGUGAUGCACGAGUACCGGCUCGAAGAUGAGGAACUUGCGCACUCCGGGGUUCUUCAGGAUGCUUAUGUUGUGUGCAGGAUCUUCCAGAAGAGUGGUUCAGGGCGGCAAAAUGGUGCUCAGUACGGGGCACUUUUCGUUGAGGAAGAGUGGGAGGAGGAGGAAGCUGAUGGUUUGGUUGUUGUGCGUGAUGGCAGUGAUCACGUUAGGGAGCAGGAACAUUUUCAGUUCACUGAUAUCCUACAGAACCAAGAACUGGGCAAUCAACAUGAGGAUGCUCCCACUAUUGUGGAGGCUCCUGAUGGGCAGGAUGGUGGUGACCAUACAGACGAUCCCACCAUGUUGCUGGAGAUGCUGGCAGACCCAACUUCUAUUGAAAGCAUGGUUGAUUGUGUAAAUGAACCCAAGCUGCAAAUUAAUCCAACUCAUGUUAAUGGUUUGGGUGAACAAGGUUCCAUGGAGAAUUGUGGUCAUAGUUCAUGUCAUAAUAAUGGAUAUGUGGAGCUGAAUGAUAUCUUGAAUGCUUCAAAUGUGGGAUGUCAUUGUACAUUUGAAGACUCCACCGGUGAUCUUUUAGGCACUUUCUGUGAGCAAAAUACUGUGGAAGGGGUUGAGAAUAGCAGUUUACAAGGAAUGACCAACACCGAGACAUUUUCUGAUCCUGAAAACCAUUACUCAAAUCAUCCAGAGUUGUUACAUUUGUCUCCUGUACUGGAUCACUUCUAUCUGCAGUUCAGUGAUCCUGGCCAAUGGGCUGAAGACUACAAAAUGUUUUAUGAUGCAUGUAGCAAUGACUUACCAAUCACUCUGGAUGAUUGUGUACUACCUAAAGAACUUUUGCACUCACCGACAGCUGAUCCUUCUGGUUUCAAGUUCGAUGAUUUGAUGGGUUUCUCUGACACCACAGAUUAUUUAUAUGAUGAUACUACAGAUUUUUCAGAGAAGGUGGAGUGUAUUAAUUCAUCUAUUUUGGGCCCAUCCAACUUUGCUGAAGAGGUUAAUCAUGUUUAUAAUGCAACAACUAAUAAUGGUGGUGCAUCAUCCUCGGAUGUACCUGUGGCAAAAAAUCAGUUUGAGAACUUCACCGCUGCACCAGAUGUCCAAAAGAAUGAGGGUAGGGGUAAAACUAUCACGGAACUACUUGUCACCAUGCUGGGUUCAAUUUCAGCACGCCCUGCAUUCGCUGUGGAAUUUUCUAAGGGCCCAGGAAAACAUCUUGGACAAAUUUGUGCCACAGAAUCAACCAGCUCGAUCCACAUCAUGGCCAGGAUGAUCCACAUGCGCAGCUUGACUGUAACAGGCAGUUCAGACAACUGUUCGCCGCAAAAGAUCAGAAACAUGGGCUUCUUCCUUCCCUGCAACAAGGCUGAUUGUGUAGUUGGGAAACCUACAGGAUGUGGGCGAAAAGCAUCAGUGUCUAUGUUUUUGGGAAACGUUUUAAAUCUUUUCCUUCUAUCAGGAUUCGUCCUAGCUGUGAGUUAUAAAGUCGGGAUGUGCAUUUGCUUCAGGUAAGUUGGUUUCAUCCACUGAAUGGAUACUGUUAUUUCACUUUCUAACUUUUCUUUUUUUGGUGCUAGCUAACAUUUUAGACCUCGUAGAAUUUGUAUCAUAAAUGCCAUUACUGCUGGCACAAGGGUGUUAAUCAAUGUCUCUGUACUAGCAUUUUAUAA